ACUAAGCCACACAGUUCAUUCUAAACAGCAACUCUUCGUUCUUCAUUUUCUUUUUUCUUUUUCUCUCUAGUUUCUUUGAUUUUUCUUGGAAUUUAGAGUGAUGGCCGGAAAAGGAGAAGGACCGGCGAUCGGUAUAGAUCUCGGCACGACUUACUCUUGCGUUGGAGUAUGGCAACAUGACCGAGUUGAAAUCAUCGCCAACGACCAAGGCAACCGUACGACGCCGUCCUACGUUGCUUUCACCGAUUCCGAGCGUUUAAUCGGUGAUGCCGCUAAGAACCAAGUCGCCAUGAAUCCGAUCAACACCGUCUUCGAUGCUAAGCGAUUAAUCGGCAGAAGAUAUAGCGAUUCGUCGGUUCAAAGCGAUAUGAAGCUUUGGCCUUUUAAGGUAAUCGCCGGUCCUGGUGAUAAGCCCAUGAUUGUUGUUACUUACAAGGGCGAGGAAAAACAAUUUGCUGCCGAGGAAAUCUCAUCUAUGGUUUUAAUCAAGAUGCGUGAAAUCGCCGAGGCUUAUCUCGGAGCGACGAUUAAGAACGCUGUCGUUACUGUCCCAGCUUAUUUCAAUGACUCCCAAAGGCAAGCUACCAAAGAUGCCGGAGUCAUUGCUGGUCUUAACGUUAUGCGAAUUAUCAACGAGCCAACAGCCGCCGCCAUUGCUUACGGUCUUGACAAGAAAGCCACCAGUGUUGGUGAAAAGAAUGUGUUGAUUUUCGAUUUGGGUGGUGGUACUUUUGAUGUUUCAUUGCUUACUAUUGAAGAAGGUAUCUUUGAAGUUAAGGCCACUGCUGGUGAUACACAUUUGGGUGGUGAGGAUUUUGAUAAUAGGAUGGUUAACCAUUUCGUUCAAGAAUUUAAGAGGAAGAAUAAGAAGGAUAUUAGUGGGAACCCCAGAGCAUUGAGGAGGUUGAGGACUGCUUGUGAGAGAGCAAAGAGGACUCUUUCAUCGACUGCUCAAACUACCAUCGAGAUCGAUUCAUUGUACGAGGGUAUUGACUUUUACACCACGAUAACUCGUGCAAGGUUUGAGGAGCUUAACAUGGAUCUUUUUAGGAAGUGUAUGGAGCCAGUUGAGAAGUGUUUGAGGGAUGCUAAGAUGGAUAAGAGCAGUGUCCAUGAUGUUGUUCUUGUUGGUGGUUCCACUCGUAUUCCUAAAGUGCAGCAGUUGUUGCAAGACUUCUUCAACGGGAAGGAGCUCUGCAAGAGCAUUAAUCCUGAUGAGGCCGUUGCUUAUGGUGCUGCGGUUCAGGCUGCUAUCUUGAGUGGUGAAGGAAAUGAGAAGGUUCAGGAUCUAUUGCUUUUGGAUGUCACUCCUUUGUCCCUUGGACUCGAAACUGCUGGUGGUGUUAUGACUGUUUUGAUUCCGAGAAACACUACCAUUCCCACCAAGAAGGAGCAGGUGUUUUCAACUUACUCUGAUAACCAACCCGGUGUCUUGAUCCAAGUUUAUGAGGGUGAGAGAGCUCGAACCCGGGACAAUAAUUUGUUGGGUAAAUUCGAGCUCUCUGGCAUUCCACCAGCACCCAGAGGCGUUCCCCAAAUUACAGUUUGCUUCGACAUUGAUGCUAAUGGCAUCUUGAAUGUCUCUGCCGAGGACAAGACUACUGGCCAGAAGAACAAGAUUACCAUAACAAAUGAUAAGGGUCGGUUGUCGAAGGAAGAAAUCGAGAAGAUGGUUCAAGAAGCCGAGAAGUACAAGUCCGAGGAUGAGGAGCACAAGAAGAAGGUUGAAGCCAAGAAUUCAUUGGAGAACUAUGCCUACAACAUGAGGAAUACUAUCAAGGAUGAGAAGAUUGGUUCAAAGCUUGACCCGGCUGACAAGAAGAAGAUUGAAGAUGCCAUUGAUGGAGCAAUCCAAUGGUUGGAUGGCAACCAGCUAGCCGAGGCUGAUGAAUUCGAGGAUAAGAUGAAGGAGCUCGAGAGCAUCUGCAAUCCUAUCAUUGCCAAGAUGUACCAAGGUGCAGGGGCUGACAUGGGUGGUGGCAUGGACGAGGAUGCCCCACCUACCGGUGGCAGCGGUGCUGGACCUAAGAUAGAAGAAGUCGACUAAAUCAAAUAUUAAGAUAGUAUUUUGCCGAUGUUUAACAGCUUCUGCUGGUGCUAUAUUUUAUGUUUUCAGCAACCUAUGUUUUGAUGUAUUGAAAAAUCUGGUUUAUUUUUGGGAACAUUACCAUCUUAGGUAACUAAUGUUCCCCGUUUUAAGAAUUAUAUCAACUUCUCUAUAUUAAUGUUUAGUUUUAUCUUCA